CGCCAGCGCAGCACCUGUGGGUUCAACUCCCUUGCAUUUAUCCGUGGCUUCGUCCCAUACUUAUAACGACCGACCUAACCAUCUACUUUAGUGAAUAAAUACUUAUACAAACUUCCCCCAGAACGCAAAAUGGGUGCUGUCAACUCGAUAAUGCAAUGCUUCCCGUCACGACCUACUCACAACCAAGCACCACCCACUCGCAAGACAGAAGACAUCGCCUCCGAUGUCAUCACAAUCAUCCUAACCACCGACUCGCACUACGCCAUCAAAAAACGUCUCGACGAGACCAUCAGCACAACUAGUUGGACCGCAUCGCUAGCCCAAGCCAUCCUCCACGGGCUCGAGACUGCCAUCAAAGCCGGCGCGCAGAUGGCCGAAGCAGCUUCCAAGGCACUUUCUCGGGCUACAGCUGAGGCUUAUGAGUUCUCUCGUGAACACCCUAUCUUCGUUACUAUUCUUGCUUUGGGUGUUUUGGCUAUUUUGACUCCGUGGGUUAUUGAGAUCUUGGGAUUUGGGGAGUUGGGACCUAUUGAAGGGUCGUUUGCUGCUGUUUGGCAGAGGACCUAUGCUGGGUAUGUGCCUAAGGGGUCUCUGUUUUCUUUCUUCCAGCGGUUGGGGAUGGUCUGGAAACAUUAGAGGUUUGGUUGGCAUGGCUUUGGAUUUUGCGUCUGUGUAUGUGAGAAACAUAAGAUGUUGAUACUUGUGUGGUCGAUGCUGGUAAAGAUUACUUGGGACGCAGAGACUAUGAGGCAAAAACCUCAGUUACUCCAAUGACAGCUCAGUAUUGGAACUGGUUUAUAGCAAGAAAUGGA